AUGAGUAGUGUGUAAUAAAGAAGAUAGAAUUACAAAAAUCAAUCAAUUUCCGAAGAUACAAUAGCAAUUAACAAUAUGUAUGACGAUUUCGAUGAUUAUGAUGUGAAUAUUUUAAAUAUGAAAAAUUUAUAUACUACAAAAUUUACACAAAAUGUAUUUAUACAUAAUCGAGAUUCAAUAAUUAGUGCGCAAGAAACAUUCAAAAAAGUAUUUAAUAAUACUAUCAAAAAGGCUCAAGAAAAUCAUUUAAAUAGAUAAUUACCUGAAUUUUCCUUUAAAAAAUCAUUAGCAAUGGUUGAAAAUUAAUUAUCUAUUUCUUUAGCAUAACCAGAUACUUAAAAAUAUGAUUAUCAAAAUGAAGGUCUAAUAGAAGAUUAAGAACCGAAUUAAUUAAUUCCAGAUACUUGGCUUAGGGCUAGAGUGAUUAUAAAUACAAUAUAUAAAGAUGAAGAAAAUGAAUAAAGAUUACCACUAUCGAAGGCACAAGAUGCAUAAUCAAAACGAAUUUCGAGCAAAGCAAGUUCUAUAGGAGGUGGCUAUCAUAAAAAAAUGUAAGAUUAAGAACCAAAAAAUAAUAACAAUAUGAUACCAACUCCUAUUGAUUUGACAGAAAAUUUAAAUUUUUCAAUUACUGAGGAAAAACUUAGAUUAAAUAAAGAGAAUUAAAAAAAAGAAAAAGAAGAAAAAAUAAGACAAGAGGAAAUGAAAAGAAAAGCAAUGAUUUUAGUUGAAUAAUAAAAAUAUAAUAAAUUCUAAAAAGAAAAUAAAGCUUCGGGUUUUACAUAUGAUUUUAAUGGUGAUUUAUUAUCUGUAAAUAAAAUAAAAAUACACAAAUUACCUCCACAUGCAUAUGCAAUAGAAUAUACAUUCAAAGAAGAACCUAAACCUCCUAAAGUUCCCUAAAAGAAAAAAAAAGCUUAAAAUAAUAACCUUCCAGAAAUCUAAAAACUUAAAAAAACGCCUGACCAAGAAAAAGAAUUUGCAAAACUAAAUACACUUCCCCCUCCUAUACUUGAUAAUAUAGGACUCAGCACAGGAGUUACACUUACUUUUGAUGGAAGAUAAAGAACAGGACCUCGCCCAAAUACUGUAGAUAUGUAAUCUUUGACUUCAGGUGUAAAUAAGGUAAGAAUGGGGAAAAGCUAAUAUGAGGAACUGAUUAAAAAUGGUGGUUUUAAUAGAGGUAUAAAAAACGAUUAAUAAUAGUAUAAAAAUACUAAUAAUUUUGAAAGGGAAAAUGUUGAGAAUAAUAUGCUUUUGAAAAGUUAGAAAUAAACAAAUUUAUAGGAAAAAUAUGAUCAGGUUAGUAAAAAUGGAAGCAUAAAAAUUAAUUCGGCGAAAAUAUAUGAAACUUUCACUUAAAAAAUGGAUGAUAGUUUUGAAGAAAAUAGCUAACCAAAUAUAUAGUAAAAAUAAUAAUAAUUUUAAGAAAUUUCUUUGAAAUAAAAAAAAAUCUCGCCAAUUGAUGAAUUUAAUAUUUAAAUCUCAAAAUAAUAAGAAUGGGGUAAAACACAUUAUGGAAUGGGAAGUGGAAAUACUAUAUCUGAAAAAUUCUAAGUACAUAGGCCUUCAGAAAAAGAUUUAAUUACUUCUAUUGGAGCUAAUAAAUAUAAACCAAGAGAUAGACUUAUAUAUACACCUUUUAUAGUUCCUACUUUUGGAUUAAGGGCUUCUACGUCAGAAGGGUUCUUUAGAAAAAAUAUAAUUACUAGUGAAAGUAAUAGAAAUGUGUAAAAAACAAGUGAGGGUGUUAGAAAAAAAGGAAAAGAAUGA